AUGUCGUCAACAGCAUCUCGAACCCGUCCUGUGGACAUACGCUCAAGUAGUCCCUCGGGGGGCAGUCCGCACUCCCGAAAUGCGUCAAUAGCAAGGUUAUGCUCCCCUGUGCCCUCGCAGCGCCUGAGUACACCUCCUGUGCAGCAAGUCCCGACGCCUCAGCGGAUUGCAGCUGACAACAAUGAUUCCACUCUGCCCAAGCUUGAUCAAUCAGGGUCACUGCCGGGUCCAGGUCGAUCUGCACUGUCUACAGCUCUGGCUGAUACAAUGAAUCGAACUCCUCCUCGAAUUCGUACACCCCCUGUUCCUGCAAACGACCCUUCCCCGAGACAACCAUUAUUAAGCGCCACCGGAGGCGUGGGGGCUCACGACAGAUUACCGAGAACUGAUUAUGGCUCUUUCAACCCUCGCGAGAUGGCAGGAAGUCCAGCACCAACAGAGGAUCCGGAAGUGGUGAAAAGACAUUUGGUGCAGCCAGACCAAGGCUCGUCGAGAGGGAGAACGCUUCGCUUAGAUUUGAACGAGCCGGGACCCUGUUUGGAGUCAGACGAGUUUUCCAGCCUCCGGUUACAAGGUGGGGAUAUGACCCGUGCUGUCUAUCGGUGGGCAGAAGAGCAGGAAGGAAAUCAGCCUGGCAAGGCUCAAAGAAGCAAAAGUUUUUCUAUGCCGAGACCAGAGCCUGAAAGUGACACCUUGGACAUACAAAACAUCCGGGUGCCAGGCGGAUUUCGCAGAAACUUUUUGCGUAGAGCCGCUGAGAGUCCCACCCCUACCGGUCGAACCUGGAAAAGCUAUUCUGCAGCAGAUGGACAGGACGGAAUGACCUCUGGAAGCGAUGUUCGACCUCGGCUCUUUACCAACAAUUUUCUAGAAUUCCUUACGCUCUACGGACACUUUGCGGGUGAAGACCUAGAGGAGGAUGACGAGGUUCUUGAACCAGAUGAAUAUUUCUCGUCUGACGCCUACGACGAGGCCAGCGACCGAGAACCUCUGGAGGACAGUGCCCUACUUACACCAGGCGGACUCCGAAGGAGACGACACAGGGAGCGCGGGCCGACUGGAACGGGAACCAGUUUCAACGCAGCCUUAUUGCUCCUGAAAUCUUUCGUUGGUACGGGAGUCCUCUUCUUGCCUCGAGCUUUUUUAAAUGGCGGCAUGCUCUUCUCAUCCCUUGUCUUACUCGGUGUGGCUCUCCUCAGCUACUAUUGCUUUAUCUUGCUCAUCAGCACAAGGAACAGGGUCGAGGCUUCAUUUGGUGAUAUUGGUGGCAUUCUCUACGGGAAGUGGAUGAGAGCAAUGAUCCUGUUCUCCAUCGUUCUCAGCCAGAUUGGCUUUGUUUCGGCCUACACUGUCUUCACAUCGGAGAAUCUACAGGCAUUUGUUCUGGCGGUUUCCAAGUGCAGAACUUUCAUCGACAUCAAGUUCAUGGUCCUGAUGCAACUUGUCAUAUUUUUGCCACUGAGCUUGAUCAGGGAUAUCGGAAAACUCGGAUUCACAGCUCUUAUCGCUGACGCCUUCAUCCUCGUUGGCCUCAUUUACCUGUACUAUUACGACAUCGCCACUAUCGUGGAAAACAGAGGUCCUUCAGAUAUCACCUUGUUCGACCCUUCAACCUGGACGCUUUUCAUCGGCACGGCUAUCUUCACCUUUGAAGGCGUGGGGUUGAUCAUCCCAAUCCAAGAAUCAAUGAAGAGACCGAAAGAUUUUCCCGGCGUCCUGGCUACUGUCAUGGUCAUCAUCACCAUUCUGUUCACCUCGAUCGGCGCUCUCUCCUAUGCCGCGUAUGGAUCGAAAACCAAAACCGUCGUGAUCCUCAAUCUCCCUCAGGACAGCAAGAUAGUCAACGCUGUGCAGUUUCUGUACUCCCUGGCUAUUCUCCUCAGCACCCCGCUCCAACUAUUCCCUGCGAUCCGUAUCAUGGAAAACGAACUAUUCAGUCGCUCUGGCAAAUACAAUCCUUAUAUCAAGUGGCAGAAGAAUGUGUUUCGCUUCUUCCUCGUCUGUGUGUGUGCGCUUAUUGCAUGGGGUGGUGCCGGCGACUUGGACAAGUUUGUCGCCCUGGUUGGUAGCUUCGCAUGCAUACCAUUGGUAUACUGCUACCCUCCUUUGUUGCACCUUAGGGCUGUGGCAAAGACCAAUCUGCAGAGAUGGUUGGAUUAUUUGAUGUUUGCCUUUGGAUUGGCAAGUUGUGUGUAUACAACCGUCUUAACGAUUCAGCAGUGGGCGGGAAGCAGUGGUGGCAAAUCCCCUGGGUAUUGCGACUCUUGA